GCGGGAAACCUGUGGUAUUGUUUGCGUCCUGGGGUCUAGCUUUCUAAAAUGGCGGACUGUGAAAACAAAAUCGACUUGAGCAAAACUCUAAAUGAUUUUCUUCUCUGCCCCGAGGUUUGCAACACGUAUACUCUAAACGAAUUCAGAGAGCAUUUUCCAAAGCAAUUCAGGGAUCAUGAAGAUGUGAAAAUCCUGUACCGGUCAUUCCAAUUAAAGCGAAAGAAAAUCAAGGCCCUUGUUAGACGGAACAUAAAACAACACUGUGCAUCAAAAAGACGCGAGAUGGAGAAUAGUAGGAGACUGGACAUAACAACGCAAUCAAACCAGAACGAAAAAAAAGUAUUGGAAAAGAGUCUAGAAUCAAUCAAUAAAGAAAUAACAGAUGUAGAAUUGGAUUUUCAACGAUGUGCUAGAAUUAUUGACAAAACAAAGCUCUUUAAAGGAGUAAAUAAGAACUCCUUUCAGCUAAGUAUGUUACAGGAGCUCUGUGACCAUCUUGGUAUAACACUUUCUUCAUUAAGUGAUGCACAGUAAAAAGUAAAAUGUUUCUAGUCAAGAAUAGAUUAAUCACUAAACCUGCACAAUCAUUUGCAAAAUGUACAGUUAUUAAAAUUAUUGCAAAAUUUGCAGAUAUAAUGGUGUUUUACCGGCAGUACAAUGCAAAUGCAGAAUUUCCGUUGUAUGAUCUACAAAUAUUGAUUUUCAUUUAUAGCGCGACCAAAAAACCAGUGAACACCAGAGAUAUGUAUGGAAUGUUUGUUCUGACCAAUCACUCUAGAGAUAUUCAAACAGUCAACUAGAAACAUGUCUCAAGUCUGGAAGUCUCGUCAGAAGACAAUAAACAUUCCACACAUAUUUUAGGUUUUCACGGUUUUACUGGUUGCACUGUAAGUAGUACAGUAUUGAACUUAUUUCUCUUUUUGAUGCCUUGUAUGAUAUACAAUACAUUAUGUGGCGCUAUUUAUUGAUGCCUUUUUAUAUACACUUUGAGCUCAAGUAAGGCAAGCAUGAACAAAAUACCUACACAUCUCUUUGCAUUGCACUUGAAAGAUGCUGUUUUUCAAAUGCAAGGGCUGUUAGUUAGAAAACUCUCACUCUCCCGCUAUAAAUAAAGAUUAUUGUAUUCUAUUGUAAAUAAGCACAAUCUGUAAUAUUAAAGAUUAAAAAUCAUUUAUUUGCUCUGCA